UCGAAACGUAAACAAAUCUUUUACAAGAAAAAGCCUAUCAAAUAACGCAUUAUGUAGCAUUGAUUAAAGAACAUAUGCUAUCGAGAAUUGUGCAUAAUAACUGUGUGUUUCUGUAGAAGAUAUGAAAGAGGAAGAUAGCCUGUCCUUGUGACCAUUAUCGGCACUAAUCCACUAUGCAACGCUAUAGGAUUAGGAUGGCGGGAAAAAGGUACCAUAACUGUGAUCAUGAAGUUAGAAUGUUCAUCAUGAUAUUUGUCUGGUGCUUUACUUUAUCAUAUGGGAAGAUAGUGUUUGUUGCUGAACCAGAAACUACAGUCGUCCUCCUCGGCGGUGACUUCAUGCUGAAUUGCUCUGCUAAAGAAACAUUAGACAUCAACCAAAAGAUUACAAACAAAUGGUUAUUCAAUGGAACUGAUCUGAAGACCAAAUUCCCUGAGGCAUCAUUCUUCCGAAACAACUCGGUCUAUAUGACACGAAUAUCUAAGGUACAUCUUGGUGAUUACAGCUGCAUGGCUAUGGUGGUUAAAGAUGGCUCCAUUACUGCAAGUGCCACUAGCAAAACUGCUAUCGUUCUUUCAGCUUAUAUUGAAGAUUUCAUCAUCUCUCCUACGUCUGUGUCCACAAAUGACACAUCUAAUGCCAUCUUCACAUGCACAACGGGUAAAAGUGCUCCUCCCCCUUUGGUCUACUGGGAGAGAAAUGGUGCUGUAUUCUUAGAGGGAAGAGAAACAAAGGCUGUGUUUGGGACGACUGGUGGUGACAACAGUGGUCAGCUCUCGAUGAGGUUGGAGGUCUUCACUGAUCGGGUGUUGGAUGGGUGGUUUGCUUGUGUUGCUACAAAUCCACUGUCCAAGGAACGAAGGAAAAGUAGUACCGCUGAUUUGAGGGUAAAUGUGCUGCUGAAACUGCCAACGGUUGUUGUAUCACCACCCUCCAGUCUACUCGCUCCUGCCAACCUUCCAUUAGAAAUCAGAUGUGUUAUUUCCGGUGUUCCAAAACCCAGCGUAACCUGGGUGCAAGAAAACGGAACGGUGGUUCCAACGUCCUCCAGAGUCUUGAUUGCCGAUAACGGCUCAUUGAUUUUCCGUCCUCUCCAAGAAAUCGAUGCUGGGAAUUAUGUGUGUCGUGGAACAAAUGGACAGGGGUCAGUCUCGGCGAGGCUGACUGAGUUGAAUGUUGCUGUUCUUUCCAUGAAGUUCAAGAAACAUCCGUCCAACACAAGUGCAAUAUCCGGCCAGGCCGUGACGCUUCAUUGCAGCGCCCCCUAUAGUAUACCUCUGGCCAACAUCACCUGGUACAAGAACAACAAUAUAUUCAAGCCAAGAUCCGGGGAAUAUGCAGUAACUGUCCUAAAAACUGGCGAUUUAUAUUUUUCUAAUAUUCAAACAAAUGACGCAGGAAUAUAUUUUUGUGUUGUGUUGAAUAACUUUGCUGUUCCGAGAACAGCAGCUUCCAUAUCUGCGGUGAUUACGGUGACAGGUGCCCCUCAGAUGAUUACGCCACCUAUACCUACAACCGUGAUUAAGGAGGGUUUACUGAGGUUGACAUGCAUCGUAAAGGGUGACCCGUUUCCGACUAUGACAUGGUGGAAGGGAAACGCAAUACUCAUGGCUAGCAACAGGGUAUCAUUCAGGAAUUUGAACCAGGAGCUAUGGAUAGCGAAGAUGACCAAGCUGGACUCUGGUUCAUACUUCUGCAAGGCGAAUAAUAAAUAUGGAAGCAUCAGUAGUCAACCUGUGCUGGUCGAUAUUGUAGUGCCUCCUCAAAUCCUGCAGAGUGUUGAAUCUCCGAGAGUCCCUGCAGGAAUGUCCACACAGUUACAUUGUAUCGUCUUUGGUGAUCCAGUGCCUGUGGUAGUCUGGCUGAAAGACAGCUACCCGUUGACCCAGUCAGCAUUUGUUAGAGUCACAAGGGAACAGGUUCAGUUUCCAAAGAUUCGAGCAGAGGAUGCUGGGACCUAUACGUGUAGGGCGACGAAUAAGGGCGGGAUGGAGGAGAGCGUGGGGAAGGUUAGAGUUUUGGUCAAGCCGACCUUUGAGACUGGCCCCAGUGACCUGACUGUCAAUCAUGGAGUUCAUGCAGUACUCACUUGCAAAGGUGCCGGGGUGCCCACACCUGAUAUUGCCUGGUCAUAUAAUAAUACCAAAACAUUCCCUCCUGGCGCUGUAUUCUCCCCUGACAAGAAAACCCUGACCAUUGUCAGUGCACAUCUUGAACACAUUGGAGUCUAUAAGUGCACUCUACAGAAUGAAGUUGGUACUGCUGAGCAGGAAGGAAAACUUGUGGUCCAAGUGAAGCCUACCAUCCAUAACAUCACUGGGCCAACCGUCGUCAGCCAGACCCACGACCUCACCCUCACCUGUGUGGCCAAUGGAAUCCCCUUCCCUAGAAUCACCUGGUCUCUCAACAUGAAACACCUGGUGGAAUCCACAGAUAAACGAAUCUUGUUCCCAAAGAGGAAUGUCAUCCUGAUCAAGUUUAUAACAACGGCUGAUGCAGGGGAUUAUAAAUGCGUUGCUGUGAACGUCCUUGGCAGAAUGGAAGCCCAGAUCAGGGUCUAUGUGAGAGAUCCACCUCGACCUCCAGCUCUGCAGAUACCAAGGCCAUCCUCUGUCAACUCUGUCACCUUGACAUGGCUCCCGGUCAAACAGGAAACAAACAAUAAUGUUACAUUCUGGGUCAUCCAGUACAGAUUGAGCAUAGCCCCAGACUUCUCCAUCGUCCGCAGCGACAUCCCAGUUACUCUGAAUUCAUACGAAGUGUCCGGUCUCCAAUCUGCAACCACGUAUCACUUCCGUAUGGCUGCUAGGAACGAGGUUGGCAUUGGGCAAUACACCGGUGUCCUGAGUGCUAAGACAUAUGAAACUGCACCCACUGCCCCCCGGAGGGUCAAGGUCAUGUCACAGAAAGCUCGCAAUGUGACGCUCUCCUGGGAAAAACCAAGCAACCUGCGAACAUCAGACGUGACUGAUUAUGAGGUCCACUACAGGAGGAUGGACAGGAUUGAAGACUUUGUCUCUCUCCAUGUGACACCAGUUCUUCCAACCCAGACACACACUGUCCUCGGCCUGCAUCCACACCGACCUUACCAAUUCAAGGUCAGAGGUGCCACUCGAGACAAGGAUGCUCAGCUGUGGGGAAUGUUUAGUGAGACAGUUACUGCUAACACUACUAUGGAUUUACCUACUCUUCCACCUCAGCACCUCACCAUGAAAGUGCUGUCGGACACAUCCAUUACUGUGUCGUGGGAAGCCAUCCCGGUCGAAUCACAAAACGGGCCAAUAUCCCUCUACAGGGUUCACUACAAACAGACCAACAUCCCUGGCAACCAGGAAACAACAGUUAGUGCCCCGGCAACCGUUGUCAACGUAUCUAACUUGUUACCAUGGCGAUAUUACACUUUUACAGUCGCUGGGAUGAAUCCAAUUGGUCACAGCCCAUAUAGUGAAGCUGUCGUUGCUAGGACGCUGCCUGGCCUACCCACGGGUAGUCCACAAGAUGUUCAAAUGGUCGGGUUAUCCUCGACUAGUAUCUCAGUAACUUGGAAGGCCGUGGAAGCUAACAAACAGAACAGCGCCAUCUCUGGUUAUAUUUUACACUAUCGGGAUACACUCGCUAAUAAGACCACAGAACUUAUGGUGAAUGGGUCAGAUACGCUCUCUGCUAACAUCAGUGGUCUACAACCAUGGACAGAAUACUCCAUCAGGAUCCAAGCAUUCUCUGUGCAGAUUAAGCCAGGUCGUGGACCGCUCAGUGAGGAGAGGAAGCAUAGAACCAAACCAGACGUUCCUGGGAAGGUGAGAAGUCUCAAGGUCAUCCCCUCUGCCUUCUCGGCUACAGUGAUGUGGGAUGCACCAGCAACACCUAAUGGUGUCAUUGAGAACUACACCAUAGUCUACUCACUUAUCAGUCGCGUCCAGGUCGCAGAGAGCAGUACGUUCUCCCUCACUAGUGAUGUGAAUGACGCCAGUGCGCCUGGUGACGAGGUGGAGAAGACUAGUGCCGAAGCUUUGACAAGUGAUGGUACUGGUACAGUGAGGGAAGGAGAUGAAUCAGCAGUGAUGACUGAGAUGACUGGUCCGGACACAAUGGCUACAACAGAUUCUGUGGUCAUCGAUGGAUCCACAUCAACUCUCAGAUCUCCAUCUGAACCAAGCGACUCCGCCACUACAUCACCAGAAACAAGUCCAGCCCAUGUAUCUGCUGCCUCCGUUCAACCACAGUCAGGGAGUGGCUCCAGGAAGAAACGAGCAGCAAAUCCAGCCACCACAACUGUCGAUGUGACAACGAAACCUCAACCUACAGUGCUGCCCCCUACCUGGACCAUCAGUAGCAUGACUUCACCCGUCACACUGACUCAGCUGGAGCCUAACUCGAUCUACAACAUCAGUGUGCUGGCAGCAACAUCAGCUGGAUUUGGGAAAGAACCGGUGGUUGCUUCCUUCACAACAUUGCCUACUGGCAUUACGACAACACUGAGCACAACAACGGAAGUCGCACCCGUCUUCCUGCCCUUUGGGAUCCGGCAAGAGCAUCUGGCGUUUUUCAUUGGAGGAUGUGUUGCCGUGGCGACGAUACUCAUCAUACUUAUCAUCGUCUGCGUCCUGUGUUGUGUCAGACGCAAGCGUCGUAAAGAAUCACCAAGAAGAAUCUUUGUGCCACCAGCCGCGAGCUCCACAGGAGAGAAAGCUCCAAGUCUGUCAGAUGCAAGUGAACCACCAUCAACCAGAAAUCUUAAGAGUCUGCAGGGCACAAAAUCGAUGUCAAAAUCAUCUAACGUCAGUUUCAACCCAAAUCCUGAGGUUCAUAUGCAGCAGGGCAGCAGUUCUGAAUGUCAGUCCAGCCAUUCUGGUGGUGUCAGGUCAAACUUUGAAACAAGGCCAACUCAUCCUGUCAGUGGGUUUUCUACACCGUCAUGUGACCACUCACGCUCGGAGACGUCAUUGUCGGGAUUUAAUCUGAUACAAAAUCUGUCGUCUGUGGAAGGUAUUGAAAACCCUGGGUACCAGGUAAACCAAGCGGACAGCGACUCGGACAACACAAAGUAUGGCAACAUACCCUUAGCAACACAGCAUUAUCCUUCAGGGAGGCGCCAAGAGGUGAUCUCUAAACGUCUAACUCAUCAGAUGAAGCGGCGAAGUGCCCACGUCAUCGCGAUGCAGCGGGAACGCCAAUCAACGUUAAUCGCCCCGGAUGAUAUCGAUCUUCUUGCUAACGAAUCAGUGAUAGUUUACGAUGAAAGGACUGCCCUCUAGGGAUCAUUAUAGGAACAAUGUAUGGAUAUACUGACUAAGGCACAUCUGGCUGGUCUCUCCGUUAGCCCUCCAGACAUCUUGAGGCCAUUUUAUAGACACUAGUUAUAGAUUCUAUGCUGGAAAUGAUCCGUUAUAAGAAUGAAGAUAAGGUUAUGGUAAAACACUAGCAUAUUCUGUAACAUAUUAGUGAAUGUCCUUUGGAAGACAGAUCUGUUUGCCUCUGAGAUUUCUUAUAUCAUUCCAUGAUAGGAAUCAGUCAGAUGGUGAUAAUGUUGAAGUGAUAAGAAAGGGCUUUAGUUGAUAUUAGUUGGGAGGAGAGUCAUAAUGUUGACUGGCACUCAUCUAGGAAUAAACCUGUGAUAGUAUUUUCCUUGUCAUCCUCUCCUCUAAGUUGGUUUAACGGCUGUUAUGUCCUGAUUUAGAACUACCAGGGAUCGGAGGAGCAUUUUCAGACACCAAAACAGGAAUAUUCCUGUGCUGAAACUUUGUCUAAUUGCUAACUUAUUUGCAUUUUUAAGUCCUUUAUAAAGUUAGUUUUCAAUUCAAAAUGUAAAAUGUUUUUCCUUUCUGGUUCUUAUCUGAUGGUGAUAUUUCUUAUCACAUUGAUUCAUUGUAAUGACUCUGACCUCUGUCUUGAUGUGUAGAUGACUCAUCAAUCCAAUCUGGUCCAUUUUAUUGUGUAUUUUACAGGGGAAAGAAAAAAAGAUUGAUACAAAUCUAUUCAUCAAACAUUCCAGAAACAAAACUGCUGGUUUUUAUAUUUUGUAUGAAAUUGUCUUCAGAAAGCAUUUUUACAAAGUCAUGAACCUGCAAUGAGAAAGCAGCUCAACUUGUACUCAGUGGUUCCUCAUAGGCUUCAUAUAUGUACAUGUAUCAUUUCAUCUGAAGUAAGCUGUUAGUAGGCCAGCCCAUUGAUAUAAUCAGGGGCACCGUUCAUUUCCAAAGACCGAGCGAGGGGUUCAGUAGGACAUAUUUUCUAUGUACCACUUACUACAAAGACAUCCAUGCAUGUUGAUGAGUAAGGAGAUGAGAAAGGUGUGACUGACCCUUGGCUCCUUGAACCAUUCGUUCCCAUUUUUCGCUCUUUUAUUCUGUAUGCUUCAAAUGUUCAAAUACGCUUUUAUUUUGGGAAACUGGCAAUAUUUAAGUAAAUACAUGUGUAAGAUUUUGUCUUUAAUAAUAAUACUUUCUUGACUA